CUGAAGCGGUUUAGCGAGAUGAGCACGCAAUCGAAGGUCGAAAUGCUACCAUACGCCCUUGUACGUGUGCAAUAUACUUCCAGGGCCAAAACACCCAAAACACCACGAAAGAUGGCGAAAUCGGAUGCAGCGCUACCCAGAGGGUCUGCCUCAUCUUCCCGAUGGCCGAACUCCCCGUUUUGUCGUGCUUACAUAUCCGUAUUGAAUGUCAUAUCUCCCUUUCCCCCGUGUUGCAAGCCAUAUCUCCCUUUUCCCCCGCCACCCCACCCACAACCGUCCGAGUCCCACUCAUAUACCCUCGAACGCCCUCUUGCUUUUAUUGCCAGCCCACUUCGAUCUCCUCAUACACCAUCCCAAUCAUCUACGUCAUCUAGUUUUACGGCAUAUCAUCCAGUACAUCUAGACGCCCAGCACAGCGAGAUUCAAGGAGUUGUUCAACACACGCAAACACACUUACCGCAAACAACAACAUAUCAACAUGUCUACUGAACUCAGACACUCCAUGUCUCAGGACCACGAUGGUGCCGAGUCCGGUUACGAUUCCGCGGGUUCCGCCUCCGUGGCCAGCUUACAGACCAUCUACUUCACGCCUCCUCAUCUGAAAUACAUCAAUGCACAGCUUGCGGAGCUCGAACCCGAAGCCAUCCUGCAAUGGUGUCUCAUGACCCUCCCCAACCUUUACCAGACCACAGCAUUCGGCCUGAGCGGACUCGUCACCGUCGACAUCCUCUCCAAGAUCUCACCAAACAAGCCCAUCGACCUGAUCUUCCUGGACACCCUCUACCACUUCAAGGAGACCCUCGAGCUCGUGGACCGGGUCAAGAAGCGCUACACCAAUGUCGACAUCCACGUCUUCAAGCCCAAGGACUGCGAGACCGCCGAGGAGUUUGAGAGCCUGCACGGAGAGCGGCUGUGGGAGACCAGCGACAACUACUACGACUACCUCGCCAAGGUCGAGCCGGCCGAGCGGGCGUACCGCGAGUUGGAGGUCAAGGCUGUCCUGACGGGUCGUCGCCGCAGCCAGGGUGGAAAGCGGGGAGACUUGGAUAUUGUUGAGGUUGACGAUGCGGGAUUGAUUAAGAUCAACCCCCUCGCCAACUGGUCGUUCAAGCAGGUCAAGGAGUACAUCGACAAGCACAAGGUGCCUUACAAUGUCCUGCUCGACCGGGGAUACAAGAGUGUCGGUGACUGGCACAGCACACAGCCCGUCAAGGAAGGUGAAGAUGAGCGAGCUGGUCGAUGGAAGGGUCAGGCCAAGACCGAGUGCGGAAUCCACAACAAGCGAUCCAAGUACGCCGAGUACCUGCGCCAGUUGGACAUGCAGAAGCAGGAGCAAGCUCUGACCGAGGCACUCAAGCAAGUCGAGCUUGAGCAGAGUUCUAGUCCCUCCACCGCCGAGAUUGCCGUAUAGAUUUGAUGUUUGGACAAAAGGUUCCUUGGAGUCUCUGUUUCUUUUGGCGGUUUCGCUUGGUCGUGCAGUUUUAUGUUCUGAUCCGUCUGUCUCUGUGGCUUUCUUUUGCCAGGAGACUUGAUUUCGUUUCUUUUGUUUCUUUUCUUUACUUUUCUU